AUGGAUGAUCAGAGCGUGCUGCCGUCCGUCAAGAAGCCACAGCAGCUUGCGAAGUCGGCUCUCGAGGUACCGAUGGAAUCAAGGUAUAUGCCACCGCCGUUAUCACCACGAAGGCUGCCACAAGAACCUGGAGCCGGAAACGCCGACAAUGCGGAAACGCAAUCCCGAUCGACUAAGGCAUCCAAGAGCGGCACCAAGCGGACUAGCUCCGAGUCGAUAUCCUGGCUUGACACGAUCGAUGAUGAAUCCCUCAAGUCGCCCAAUCCACCGUCAUUGAGCCUAUCUGCCGUACAUACCCAGCCUUCUAAUAGCUCGCUUGCCAACGAGAUUGAGGCCGAAUUCGACGCCGCACUAAACGCCGCAGUCGAUGCUGCUUAUGACAGUGAGGACAUCGAAACCGAAGACACCCCGAAAGUGUCACAAAAGGCGCAUCUGUUCGACAUGAGCAGCACAGUCCCCAAAAUGCAAUCACGGGAUCCGAUGGUGGAAGGUCGAGCUCGCGCCGAUUCCGAUGUAGAAGCGCCUCAAGAUUAUUUGGACGAGGACACCACCGAGGAAGAGGAAAGAUUGCUCGACGAGAUGACAGACGGAUAUGACUUUGAUGACUUCACGUUUGACUCGAAGUCCAAAUCAGCACUACCAAGACAGUCAGAUUCAAGCACUUUCUCUGGCAGAACGCAAUCGAGCUCCAACCAGUCAACCACAUUGACAGCCGCCACGAAUUUAAGCACCCUGAACGAGGACACAGAGCUCACAAGGACAAGUCCCUCCAAAGAUCCGACUCUGCCACGAGCUGCUCAUGUAGAGACAUCGCCGUCAAGGGCUGGUGCCGUUACGUCACCACAGCGAAUCGAGCGUUUGAGUGCCGUCACGCUCCGAGACCGAAGGUUGUCUGGACAGAACGCGCUCAAGAUAGAGACUUAUGCGCCUGCGAGAGGCACCGCGCAGUUCAAGGGAGUUCCCAAGCUGGACAUCCCAGCUCCUGACAUGCAGAAACCUCUGCCAAUGCCUGGCCCACCUUCAACAGGAACCGUUCCUGUCACACCAAAGCUCGACUCACUCGAACGAGACACUUCCCAGCGAGUCUCCGGCAACUCCGGCUCUCACCCAGGAGGGCUCUCGUCACAGCACCGAGUCGAAUACUGUUCCUCUUUCUCCCGCCAAGUUGACAAAAACAAUGCCACCAGUGACAGCGAUGAGGAAAAAUCUCUCUUCGACUAG